CCUAGAUCCGCCCCUGCACUCAACUAAGAAAAUUUUUUGAAUUGAUCGGCAAAAGUAAUCUGCCGUAAAAUGGUUCAAAUGAAUUAAAGGGUAAAGUUUCGAUGUCGUUUGGUAAAGGUAUCGAACCCCCCUCUAGUGGAGGCUGUGUAAAACAUACCUAUAUUAUAAUUUGAUGUAACUAGUUACUAAUGUCAAGGUCAUCGCUGUAGUUAGCGUAACAUUCACGUAUCGCCAGAGGCGACGAUGUUUGUAUGAAUUCAAGUUGUUUCUCUUAGAUUUUGACAUUUCGUUGCGUUGCUAUGUGACCACAAAAUUACUUACACACCCCUCUUCCUUAGUCCUUCUAUACUUUUUUGUAGUAAUUUUGAGCAAAAAGAAACCGUGUUUGAUCCAGAAAUAUUUAAUUUUUCUUGUUUCUACUCAAAACCAUGCAUUUUUAGUCUGCGACUUGUUUGUUUACAGGACUUCGAAGAGAAGUCGGCACGUGAUUAGGGGCUGUCUCCGCAUUCUGGUCUCUAUCUCCGAGUGGUUCGCUUGUCUGUCUUUAGUGCAACACAUCUGCUACCACCAGACACACCUGUCAGAGAUACUAUUCGACAGCAUCGGGAACUGGAGUUUUGCCGUGUCAGUGUUCAUGUUUUCAUUCGCCACCAGAAGUGUGCUCACCUACUCCAUAUGCAGUUGCUUCAAUCUGUGGUAUGGGGAGAUGACACUUCCGACUACACACCCAUCCCUCUACGCCAAUCAAACCAGCCAGCCAAUCACAGACACACCUAGUCAUCAUCAUCAUCAGCAACAUCAUCAGAAUCAUCAUCAGCAUCAUCGCCAUCUACAUCAUAAUCAUCAUCAUCAUCAACCAACGUCAGCUCAAAAUGGGGGCAACCAAAAUAAUAACCUGCUCGUGAACCACAACAACAACCAUGAUGGCAUCUACAAUAGAACAAAAAGUGGCUUCAACGAGAAGGCAAGCUCGGAACUUAGCGGGAUAAGUCGAAAAGAAGCGUACAGCAGUAGAGUGUUCCUGCAGCUGAUCUCCAACUGGGAAAAGUUUGUGGUGUUCUUCAGUGGCUUCAGAGGCCCCCUCUCGUUCUGGCUGUCGAUGUAUGUCGCCGAGUGUUUCCCAUACGAGUUAAUGAGCCCCAAACUGAAGCAAGGCAUCACCACAGCUGUUCUUGUGGCCAUAUUGGUGACAACUUUUGUCCAGGGUCCAACCAUCAAGGCAUUCGCUGCAUGUUUGGUCGGAAACCAAAUUCCACUGGUCCAAAAGAGUCCCCGACGAGUAAGACGAAGAAAGAAAUACCUCUCCGUGAUCACAUCUUCAAUUUCUGGGCCACUUAAAGCCGGCUUGAACUCAAUAAUCCAGAAACAAUCAACGUGUUGCAGGUGUCGCAAAAAGACAGAACGAAAAGUUGGAUUCAACCGUCAAAAAAG